AUGGCGGAGCCUCGCUUUGAUCUGGAGCAGGAGACCAGCGCACUGCGCGAGGAAUACUACAGCGUACGGAACCAACCACACUCCACACACGAAGGGAAGGAUGCUAUGCACGUGGCGACUUGGACAUCUGCGUGUGUCUUGUGUUUGUGUGUUUUUGUGUAUGUAUGUGCAGCAAGCGCAGGCGUCCAACCCCUCCCCCCGGCUUCAGUUCGAGUAUGCCUGCCUGCUCUCAUGCAGCCCCAACAGAGAGGAGAUCAGGGAGGCACUCGAACUCUUCAACGAACUGCUGGAGAUCGGAUUCGACAGGUGGGUGGGUAUGAGAUGGAUGGGAGGUACUGUCACGUGCUGUGUUGUGUGUUGUGUGUUGUUGCGGUGCAGGCCUGAUUGUUUGUACCAGAUCAGUUUGGCCCACUUGAAGCUGGGCGAAUAUGCCCUGGCCAAAAGACGGGUCGAAAUGCUCCUCAGAAUAGUAAGCAAGCCGACCCAACAGAGCCAGGCUAACCACAGGAACACAAGGAGGACCAUUGCGUUGUGGUGUUUUGCUUGAUCAAUCCAAUCAGGAUCCGAGGAAUUUGUCAGCCCUCUCCCUCCACUCCCUCAUCAUGGACCGGACAUCUCACGGUCAGUCAGCAGAAGAAUAUCGCAUCCAACACACUCGCCUUCCAUGGAUGUCUGUGUGUGUGUUUGGCUGAGCAGACGGCAUCGUGGGUACGAUCAUCAUUUUGGCAGUGACGGCCGGGGUGGUCAUUUAUCUCAUCCAGACAUGGAGAAAGAAAAUGCAACACUGACUCUCUCGCCCACUCGCCCACUCGCCCACUCGCCCACUCGCCCACUCGCCCACUCGCCCACUCGCUCGUGCAUCCAUGCACCCGUCCGUCCGUCCAUCCGUGCGUGUCUGUGUGUGCAUCCAUGUGAGAGGGGAGAGCUGCAGACAGUGCAUCAAUGGGGGUAGGGAGGGGGUGACUGACUUACUGACUGACUGACUUCUGAGGGCCGUGCGUGAGUCACGAGUCCAGGCCACACACAGUCCCGACGAGGGACCGAUUUGUAUCAUAUCCUAUGCUGCUAUCGUACCAAUCAUAUACCCUACCCAUGGGAACAGAGGGAGGCGGGGAGGGGGAAGGGCUCUGCUGCACACGGGAGAGAGAUCGUCCGUCUUGCAUUGAUUGCAUCCACGUGCCUUGUCGCUAUUUUUGAGGCUGGUGGAGGCUUCCUGACUGACUCACUCACUCACUCAGUCACCUGUCGACCUCUUUCUCGCCCCGUGUGUCUAUCUGCGUUACUCAUUCAUUUUCUCUGCCAGCGUUGUUUGUCUUUUCUCGUUUUGCUGUCGAUCUUGGAUUCGUUCGCUAUGUGGUGGUCUGCACGUUUGCGUGCUCCGUUGCCGCCGGUCAGCUUGAUGUGCGGUGCUCAGUGGUCACUCGAUCGCCGCAGAUUGAGUCGAACAGCGGUAGCAUGAAACGUGCAUGGGCGGCCCAUCCACGGAGCGGCCCCAGAGGAUAAUGCGUUUUACUGCGAUACACACCAUGAUGGCUGUGCGAACUGUGUGCGCUGCACAUCGGUCUGACGGCAUUCCGUCUCCGCUGCUGUGUCAUGGGGACAGUGAACGACACAAGUUUCACGAACCCCCUGGCGAUGCAGUGUGGAUGGGUUGCCGUCAGCCGAAGCAGGUGCUCACAUGUGGGGGGGUGCGCUUCGGUCUCCCCUUUCCCACCUACCCGCCCCGUGAUGUCGUUCGUUUCUUUGUCGGUCCGUGUCGCGUCUGGGUGUCUUCUUUUCGCCCUCUCCUUGUCUCUGAGUGUGUGAGCCGUUCGUUCAUGCAGCACAGGGUCGGGUUGGCCGCUCUUCCCCUCCCUCUUACAUUCCUACAUCCGCGUGUCUGUCUUGUCAUGCUUCUUGGCUCUUUGUCUACAUGUCCCUCCCUCUGUCUGUCUGUCGAGUGUGUGGCUUGCCUGCCUGCAAUGGAUGGAUGGAUGGAUGAGUGGCUGCCUGGAUGGCUGUAGUGUAGUUGUAUACAGACAGACAUACGGACUUGCACAUGAGUGAGUGACUGCGUGUGCGUGUGUGGGGCACGCCACGCAUGAUGAACAUUCGGACGGACACAUUUAUAACCCCUCUGUGUGUGCC